AUGCGGCGUAAGGCAGGUUCCAGCGUUGAUACGCCAGAAAAGGCAACUCCUCGCCGGUCUACGCGUGGUCGUGGUCGAAGAUCACCUUCCAAAAGUCCCGAACCGGAACCGGAUACUGACGAACGGGAGUACGCUGCUACUAGUGCCCAUGAUGACGACAAAAACAGUAGCUCAGAGGAGGAAAGUGUCCCCAGAAAGGGAACUGGCAAAGGUCGUGGGGCUCGAGGUAGGAGUACUUCACGUCGUAAAGCGGAAGAACGACCAUCAUCUCGACGAAACAGUCGAAGGGAUAAAGAAUCCCAGGAAGACCGUCCUGAUGAGAUCCAGUUAGAAGAAAAUGGCGGGGAAAAUCAAGAUGUCACAGUAAUACUGAAAGAUGCAACUGACACACCAAUGGUUCAAAUGGCUGAAGAAGUUUUGGACCCAAUUCCGGAAGAAGCUAAUGAGGAUACGGAACCAUCUGUUACAAUUGAACCGGCAAAAAAUGAGAUAGUUGACGAUGAGCGAGACGGAAGGAAUUUGACGGUAACAUUAGAAUGUAAAGAGAAUGAGGAAAUGGAGAAAAGUCCACCCACAACUAAGACUGCUUUGGAGGAAUCGGAUCCAGAUUCUAAGGCAUCGGGAACGACCAAUGAAAAGGUAAGUCAUUCUAACGGUGGUGAAGAGGAGAAGAUGGAGGAUAAUGGCAACGACAAGAAUAAGAACGCGCGGGAAGAAGCUCACGAUGAUAGCAAAGCGGUCGUUAACAAUCGUUCUCGAACAAGGAAAGAAAGCGAUUCCAACGAAAGUGGCCCAGACGAGGAGCAAGGAGAUACACGUGUAGAAAAAAGGAUGGAUCCAAAUGCGGCAGAGAAAGAUGAACGAAACCAGCAUGAACCCGUCACUGUAGCAGAUGAUUCAAUGGAUGCCGAUGCCAACUCGGAUAUUGAGGAAGAUGUCAAGGAGAAUCGUCCUAUGUUCAAUAAGCAUAACGAGAAAAAUAACGAUGCUCAUGAGGACAGCAAAAUGAGAGAUUCCGACGCCUCACAAGCAAAGGCGCAAUCUGUGCUCGACAAAGAUAUUCAAGAUUGUUUCUCCCGUAAAGAUGAUCAAAAUGAAGAGGAGUUAGAAGCUGGCGAAAUAAAAGACACGGAUCAGAGCAUUGCGGAAUCUAAUGCUACUGAUACACUUCACGGUAAAGAAAAUCCUCCAAAAGACAUCCCACGCAUCAGGCCUCUUCAACGCAAGCGUCGUUGGCUCACAUCAAAGAAUACCGAUUUGAAGCCUGCGGUCAUCACAAUAUCGUCGGAUUCCUUGAAAAACAUAAUAUCGGACGUUAAACCGGUUCCUCUAGCUGAUAUAAAAUUGGAAUCCUCUUCGGAGCCAGAAGGAGGAGACGAUGCAAUGAGCGCUGAUGAGGACGGUUUGGACAAGGCUAAACGUAAACUUCACGAUGCAAAUGAUACGGUCACUCAUCAGCACCAGCAACCGUCACAAACUCAGCAAUUGCAUCAGCGUGUUACAAAAUCUUCGGAAACAGAGAAUAUUGCUAUAGAAGGAACUAAGAAUCAAACAAAUGAUGACGCUCUGACUCAACCGAAACAGAAGCCUGUCACUGAAAAAAACGUGAUUGCUCGUAAAAUUAGCAUUUUAAGCGAUGAUGGCAGUGUAACUGGGGGGGUGACUGGCACUGUCGUUCGUCCUCCGAGUCCUGCGAAGCAUCAUACGAGCAACAUAUUGUACAUCACAAAUCUUGUACGACCGUUUACUGUGUUGCAACUGAAAGGAUUGCUUGCAAGGACGGGUAAGAUUGUGGAGAACGGUUUUUGGAUAGACAAGAUAAAAUCUAAAUGCUUCGUGAAAUACGAAACGGAGGAUGAAGCGACAGAAACUCGGCACGCACUACACGGCAUACGUUGGCCAGUAUCGAAUCCAAAGUGUCUGGUCGUGGAUUUCGGCAGCGAAGAUGCAAUGGAAAAAGCAAUUAUCACAACUUUAGAGGAUGGCGCAAUCCGCGCAACUGUUGAGGGAUCCAAGGAAAACAAGGACUUUGGUUGGUCGCGUGAUGCCUCCAAAAAGGAAGAGGACACCCCAGCUCGCCCAGUGCGUGAGUGGGAUCUUGGCAAAAAGGAUACGUUUGAUCAAGAACGUGAUGUCAGAGGAGCUCGUGAUCGGGAGCGUGAUGGUCCGGGUUUAGCAGAUAAAGAAAAGCCAACCGAUCGAGGGGGACGUGAGCGCGAACGGGAUCGCGGACGCACAGAAGAAGGCGCGCGUGAUGGGCGAGGAAAUCGACUUGAUGCAGCUCCUGGGGAUCGUGGCGUGGACCGAAAACGUUCCGCAGACCGCGAAUUCGGUCGCGAAAGAAGACGUAGUGCCAGUGUGUCUCCAGCAAGGAAAUUUAAGAAAAAGGAAAAUGAACCACCGAUAAGGCUGCUAGAUGAUUUGUUUAGAAAAACGAAGGCCACACCAAGUAUAUAUUGGCUACCACUAACAACGGAACAGAUUGCUGUCAAGGAAGAACAACGACGUAAAAACAUGGCAGAACACCAACGGCGUAUGGAAGAACAGCGCAAGCAAGAAGAAGAGCGUGAGCGUGAACGGAAGCGCGAACGGGAACGCCGCGAUCGAGAACGCGAUCGAGAGCGCGAACGGGACCGCGAGCGUGAUCGUGAGCGAGAUCGUGAGCGCGAACGUGAACGUGAUCGUGACCGUCGCCGGUCGCGCUCCCGAGAACGCAGCCGUGACGAUGGUGGUCGUCGCAGGCACAGAUAA